AAAAAAUGUGCCUCAGAGACUGCUGACCUCAGACCCUGCAGAAACCUGCUUUAUCAGAGCUGUGAUGGCCAGUCACCAAGCAGAAGUUGAGAGUUUGAAGCUAGAUAAUGAUUCAGUUAUAGAAGGAGUAAGUGACCAGGUGUUAAACUUCUGAACACAGAACAGUUUUCAAAACCAAGGGAACUCAGUUGUAGUGACACAGUGGUAUCAUGGAACUUGAAGAGGAAAUGUCCACGUGAGAAAUAUUGCUGAGGUGAAAGAACUCAAUGAAGCAUCACAUCAAGGCUUCAUUCAUACGUCUGGUGGAGAAAUUUACAAGCCAUCAUUAAUAUAUCUAACAAUUGCAGAUGUGUAGUUCAGGCACUGUAUGAUGCUUUUGUGAACCCUAUAUGCUUUUGAGGUAUAAAUUUUGAUAAAAUGAGGCCAGAUUUUUUCCAUCAUCUUUUAAACUGAAAUGAACAUCAGAACAUACAUCCAGAAAAUCAGGAGCUAGUGCGAGCUCUUCGUCAGCAGCUUCAGACUGAUCAGCAGGAUGCUUCUGCUGGUGAUCGGCAUCGCUUCUAUACAGAUAUGUCGUGUCCAGUCUGUUUGCAACAGGCUACAUUUCCUAUAGAAACAAACUGUGGACAUCUGUUCUGUGGUUCCUGCAUAAUUGCCUACUGGAGGUAUGGCUCGUGGCUGGGUGCCAUCCGCUGUCCGAUCUGCAGACAGACGGUAACACUAUUCUUACCACUCUUUGGUGAAGAUCAGCAGGGUGCAGCCCAAGUGUUUCAAGAUGUUAAUGAUUACAAUAGAAGAUUUUCAGGACAGCCCAGAUCGAUUAUGGAAAGAAUUAUGGAUCUCCCCACUUUAUUGCGACAUGCUUUCAGGGAGAUGUUUUCUGUAGGGGGCCUCUUCUGGAUGUUUCGCAUCAGGAUAUUCCUCUGCUUGAUUGGAGCCUUGCUGUACCUGGCUUCACCUCUGGAUUUUCUUCCUGAAGCUCUGUUUGGAAUUCUGGGGUUCUUGGAUGAUUUCUUUGUCAUUUUUCUGCUGCUGAUAUAUAUCUCUAUCAUGUACAGAGAAGUGGUAACACAGCGUCUAAAUAGAUGAAAUGGACAAAAGUGACCUAAAAGCAGAGUCAGUUGUGGAAUGUUUUAAAAAGAAAACUAUAACGUAAGUAUGAUAUAGCAAGGUGCCUGUGUAUGAGUAGUAACAAUUUCUUAGCUGGUUAUGUUAUACAAACUUAAAGGGUUAGUAUAUGGUGAUGCUUAACUGGAAUCUUUAAUUUGUGCAUUACAUAUGCUUCAUAAGGAUGAGGUUAGUUUUAUAAUGUUGUAAUAAACCACCUUCAUCUACUUCCACCUGAUGAACAACUGUGUGUAAUGAAAGCAGGAAACACUUUCUUUGGUGUGUUGUGGUUUGUGAAAAAGGAGUUGUAGCAAAGUGCUUCAAACAAUAAGCCCUUUGCAUAAUCUAGAUGUGUAAGAAAAUUCAGAAAUUCUUCACAGUACAGUUAUCAUGGUUAAAUUGUUUGAUGUCUCCCUGUUGUGGACUAGAGUUUUUUGAAAUAAAAAUUGCUUUUUUUGUCUCUGUGGAAGAAGAAACCCAAGGACCGCAUUACAAUUAUCAUGCUGCAGUUUGCUGUUGUCCACAUGCUUCAGAAAAAUAAGGAUAAUACCUUGGUAUUGCUUGAACUGCACUGUGUACAGUUGCAUGCAAUUUGUACAAUUUUAUUUUUAUAUUUGGGAAUAUAUACACAGUAUCUGCUCUACAGUGAGAAACCAGUAUUAUGCAUGUCACACUCGUUAGUGCUUUAUUUUUUAAAGUGAGAGCAUGGUUUUUCUCUUCAAACUUUUUAUUUGGUAAGUAUAUAUCUUAGAAGCAGAGGUUUUGUGCUGCUUUGGGUCAAUGCAAUAUGUCUGAAAUGCAACUUUGCAUUUCUGUAUAUGCAUUAAAACAUUCAGCCAAUUGGAAAGGAAACUCAAAUUCCAAACAAUGAUUGAAAAAAAGAAGUCAGAACUGGAUGUUUACGGUACAUGUGCAUGUACUUGUAUGUGCACAGUGUAGAUGAUUACCCAAAUGUACAUUCUGCAAUAUAUGUGUACUAAACAACAUAGAUAUUGGGAUGAUUUUCAGUUGGAGUUUUCUUGUUUGGUUGGUUGUUUGAUUUGGAUGCCAAUGGAAGAGGUUCUGAAUUACCUGAAGAAUAGUCUGUGAUAAAGGACCAUUAAAAAAUCCUGACAGUGUUUUCAAAAAUACCAGGGUAUUAAUUAUCCUUAAAGCUGAUUUUUUUUUCAUGUUGAAUUUGAGCAUAGGCUAUCAUAGCUAUACAAGUAAUUUCAAAAUGCUUUCAUUUUGAGCAACGAUUGCGACUAUAAAGGUCCAGGAUAUGACAGAUCAUUGUAUUUUUUAGCUAGAGGAAUGAUAAUUGCAAUUUAACUUCCUGAGUACUUGAAAGACAGUGAAUUAAUAGGUGAUUCUUUGUGUGUUUACAUAUAUAGGUGAGACUUAAAAUGAAAGGGACCUUUUCACAGCUUCUGUGUUUUCCCCUUGCAGGUGUCUUUCCACAGCUUCUAGCACUUAGGCAUGUGCAGGAAGAUGAUAGAGCUGAAACCUCAGGUGUCAGUCACUUAGGGUGCAGAUUGUCCUCCAGUGUCAGUGUUCUAAAUGGCAUUCAUUUAAAACUAAAUUCACCAAUUCUUCAUUUGAAAAUUUAGUUUUGGAAAUCCAAGGACAUUUUACAAAUGAACUGGAAAGCUAAACUUUUCUUUGUUGCUGUUUAUUAGAGAUGGGCAAGAAGAGAAAAGGGAAGUGUAGCAAGAUUCGGAGGAAAAGAGUGAGAGAGAAAAUUACAUUUUUGGAAGCAAAUCCUAGCUAACUUUUCUUGAGCAUUUUGGCUGAGCUUUUCACCUUGUGUUGGCAUUUCUAAUGUAUGGUGAUGUUUUAGUGGCUACCUCAGUUAAAACUCUUUAAGGUGUUAUUGAGUAAGGGUGAGAUAUUCAUAAUCUGUUAAGUGCAUUUACAAAGCAAGAUGAUAGUUUAGGAUAUUAUGUAAGACAGAAUUUCACAGUUUUGCUGUAAGUAUUGUUUUUGGUUUUGGGGUUUUCUUUCUCAAGAAAUCUAGCUGAAAACAAACCCCAAAAAUUCUUUCUUGAUUGAGUAAAUUUAACACCCUAUUUUCUUCUGGAGUUUAAGUUGUAGUCUGCUUAGAGAAGAGUGUGAACUGCUCUUGUAGAGAAUUGGAGUUUGUUCAUGGAAUUUGUUGAUAUAGUACUUCAUCCAUACUUUUACCCUAUGAUUAUAAUUUUCCCAUGACUCUCUAAAUCUAGACUAGAUACAGAUGCACAUGAAGCUGCUUACUGAUUGGUUUUCUUUGAAUUUCCCAAUUCCAUGCACUACUGUGAACUUCAUGUGGAAAUUCCCUAUCCCAUCUAAGGGGAUCCUGUAUAUCUGAAAUCAUACACAAGCCACAUCUGAGAGACUAUAUGAAGUUUCCCCAUGUUCUUUUUCUUCAGUACAUUUCUGAUAGCCAGAAGGGUUUCACUCAGAGGCUUCUGCUUACUUUUGAGUGUUGAGUAACAUUGUAAUCUUAAAUUCAGCACAUUAAAUGCUUGACAGAAUUAGAACUGUUCUUUUCAGCAAUAUGCGUGCUUGCCUGUGGAUAUUCUUUUUUGGUCCUGCAAGCCAAUGAUAAACAGUAUUAUGACUUAUUCAGGCCUUUUUGUGUAAUGCAAAGAUGCAUCUGUCCUGCAAUGUCUGGCCGCUGCUCCUUUCCACAAAUCUGAAAUAGCUAUAAGUUAGCUAUCUUGGGCACUUAGCUUGAGCUUAACUUAAGCUCUAGAACUCCCAAGAAGCUGGAGAUUAAAAUAUGAGCAUGUAAUAUUCCUGAGCUGUGUGCUGCCAAGUUGUUCUGGCAGUAAUGUGAAAAGUAAGGGUUAGGGCUGUACACUGGGCUUCAGAAUGUGAAGGAAAUAUGUGAUGCUGUGUGCAGAGUGACUGCAAACAUCGCUGUGGUUUUGUCUCCUGAGAUGGGGCAGGCAUGUCAGGAGUGGGGGAAAAUUUAAAAAAAGGAAAACUAUAGCAGGAAGAAUGUAUGGGGAUAAAACACAGUUCUUAAAAGAUCACAUGGGCACCAAAAGGUAUGUGAAAGAUUUGAUUGUUCUAGCAAUAUCAACAAAGAGGAAAACAAGAAUGAUACUUAAUAGCUCUUACAAAAUACCUUGUAGCAUCUUGAGGCCUAAUGACCAUCGCUGUAUAGAGCGAUCCAUUUCUGUGCUAUUCCUGUGCCACACCAUUGAUGUCUGUGAGGAUCAGGCACAACAGUGUGGUUUGGGGAUACAAUUUUGCCGUAAGUUUCAUAGAACUGUAGCAGUAUGUUACACUAGAUUUUUAAGACAAAAGAAUUUAAAACUACUUAUUGUUACUUUUAAUGAUAAUAAAUUGCUGUUAAAGAGA